AUGACCACGAACAAGCGACAGACCAAGAAUCGCCACUCGAUCAGCAUAGCCACGCUGGCCCUUGUUGUGCUGGCGCUCGAGACAGAGGCGAGCGAGACGCCGCUGAACAAGCUGCCGCACCUCCGCAGGGGCUCCAGCUGGGCGCGCGGCUGGGGCGACAACAUCAAGUGGUAUCGAUUGCGCGAAGGCAUGCGACACGCACGCCAGACGGGCCGACCAGCGAUGGUGGUCAUUCACAAGACGGCGAGCGAGAACACCCGCCGACUCGCACCCCAGUUUGCUGCUUCGGAAGCCGCGCGCGACCUGAGCAACGAGUUUGUCAUGAUUAACGUGCACGAUGCCGAGGAGCCACACGAGGGCGAGCUGGCACUCCAACUCUCCCCGGACGGCGCGUACUUUCCGCGCGUGCUCUUCAUCGAUCCAUCGGGCAAGGUCCGUGACGACAUCCACAACACGUUCGGCCAUGAGCGAGUGUACAACCAUUACUACGGCACGCUCGACGAGCUGCUUGCGGGCAUGCGGGAUGCCAUCGAGCGGUUUAAGCCGCCGACGCUGGCCCUUCCCGGCAACGACGAGCUUUGA